AUGGCGGCUCUCGUGAGAGGCGUGCUGCGGUGUGCAGGUCUGACACAAGUAAGGUGUAGUGGGAAUAUUCUAGUAAAGCGAUAUGUGAGAGCGCUGCGCAGGACCCCAGUGAGGGUGAUACCCCCAGGGGGCAGCCCAGGGGACGGCCAGUCUGUGCCAAGGGUCACCAAGACCCGCGAGGAGCGGGUAGCACCCCAGGUAACCAGUGACCAGCAUGCACAACCAGCCACCAGGUACUCUGCCAGAGGCAAAAGCAAGGCUGAGGAGAAAGAUGAAACCUCACCAGAGCUGCAGUACGAGAAAGCUGCUCCUCAGGACAAAAGACUCAGCAAACUGGUUACAAUUGCAAAAUCCAAAAAAUUUCGGGACCGCCAUGGUCAGGUUUUACUUGAAGGCCGAAAACUACUAGUGGACGCUUUGGAGGCUGGUGCUCUUCUAAAGACCCUCUUCUUUAGCCGAGUUGAGUAUUUAAAAGAACUGCCCUCCGAUAAAUUAAAGCAAGCUAAACUCAUCAAAGUGAAGUUUGAAGAUGUCAAGAUGUGGUCUGAUGUGAUGUCUCCACAAGGUAUAAUAGGUAUCUUUUUAAAACCUGAUCACGCAAAGAUGAAUUAUCCAGUAUCACAUCUGAAGUAUUCUAUUCCUCUGUCACUCAUAUGUGACAACAUCCGUGACCCCGGAAACCUGGGAACUAUUCUUAGAUGUGCAGCUGGGGCUGGCUGCAAUAAAGUAUUGCUCACUAAAGGUUGUGUGGAUGCUUGGGAGCCAAAAGUACUGAGAUCUGGUAUGGGAGCUCACUUUCGCAUUCCUAUUGUCAAUGACUUGGACUGGGACACAGUACCUAACUACCUUUCUCAUGACACUAGGGUAUUUGUGGCAGAUAACUUCAGACCAGUUGAGUGCAAUGAGGAAGCAAAUAAAAAAGCAGGUGACUAUGGGUGGGUUUCCACCAAUCCCCGAAGGAUAUAUGGUCGUGAGGAAGACGCUGAUGCCUCAGAUAGUGAUGAAAGUAGUGAUGAUGAAGAGCAUUAUAUACCUGAUAUUCAAGUGCAAAGUUAUGAUGAGCAGUGGACCACGCAGUCAAGUGCAUUAGUAAUUGGAGGUGAGACGCAUGGUUUGAGCCUGGAAUCACUGCUGCUUGCUGAAAAAACUGGUGGUAGAAGGAUUUUUAUUCCAGUUGUUCCGGGUAUAGAUAGCUUAAAUUCAGCAAUGGCUGCAAGCAUCAUCCUGUUUGAAGGAAGAAGACAGUUGCAGUCAAGAAAUACAAGACUUAAAAAACAAGUUCCUACUUAACUCCUUAAUGCACAUUUGAUUUUCAGAAAACAUGGGCUUCUAUGAAACAACUGCCUAGAUGGUCCAAAUUCUAAAGCAGGCAUGAGGAAGACUGAUGUAUCACUUGCUACAAUGUUUGCAAUGCCCCCUACUACCAUUGUCAUUAUUUGCCAUUGUGUACAUGCAGUCAACAGUGAUAAAUCCUUAAUAAUGCUUGGUUUAUAAGAACAUGUUUGCAAGAAAUUCAUAAUGAUUGUUAUAGAAAGUAAACAUGCAUUUAUAUUGUUUGGGGAAGUCUUGAAUUUUAAAGCAGAAAGGGGAAGCCUUUUUAAAUGUCAACUGUGUGUGUGUU